AUGAGUGACAGCAACGCCCCCGAUCUGUCCAUUGUGGGUGAUCGCCUAACACUGCAUCCACCUGGUAUAGUCCAGGACCAAGAAACGCCUCUCCUGACUUCAUAUGCUCGAUUUCGUUCAGCCCCCUUGGACUUUCUGCGCGAGGUCAGCUUGUAUCUUUCUGGUACUGGUUGGCGAUCGUACGAUGAUUUCAUUGGCCGCAAUAUCUUCUACAAUGGCUUCAGUGACCACAUCAAAGCCUUGGUCUUGAAGAAUCCUCGACUGCAAGCUAGGAUAUCUGAGCUGACCCACAAAAGACUUGAUGUUGAGUUAGCUGAGGGAACUCUUCCUGCUUACAAGGUUGAUGAUAGACGCAAGGAAAUGGAAGCCCAGCUGGUCCAGGUUGCAGACUCAUGGACUGACCAGAUGAUCUGCAAGAUGGACAGCAGAAGAUUUAUCCGUGGUGCCUACUACUUCGCGACUCAGCUUCUUACCCGGGCCUAUCAUCAAGGUAUUCACGUCUCCAGUGAUGAGGUCCUACGCCUUCGAAAAGUCGCCAAGGAAGCAGAGAGAAAGAAACAAUCCAUCAUCUUCCUGCCGUGUCAUCGCUCUCACGUUGAUUACGUCUCAUUACAACUUAUCUGUUAUCGUCUUGGACUUGCUUUACCCAUCGUCGUUGCCGGAGAUAACCUCAACUUCCCUGUGGUCGGACCUUUCUUACAGCAUGCUGGUGCAAUGUGGAUCCGCCGUAGCUUUGGCGAUGAUGCAUUAUACACGACUCUCGUACAAGCAUAUCUGGACACCUUGUUGCAAGAAGGACACAACUUCGAGUGCUUUGUCGAGGGUGGCCGUUCUCGUACAGGAAAGCUUCUGCAGCCGAAAUUUGGUAUCUUGAGCUUCUUGCUUGAAAGUGUGCUGUCUGGCCAGGUGGAAGACGCUAUAAUCUGUCCCGUGAGUACGCAGUACGACAAGGUUAUUGAAGUUGACUCAUACAUCUCGGAACUUCUUGGUCAACCUAAGCCUAAAGAGUCUCUGGGAAACUUCUUGUCAUCUUCUUCAGUGCUCUCUCUCAAACUUGGCCGAGUCGACGUUCGGUUCCACGAGCCAUGGAGUCUGCGUGAUUUUAUCAAUGAGCAAAAGGUCCGUUUGACUACUCUACCACCUCAGAUGAAAACUCCUGGAGACAUUAUCCUCAAACGUCGUCUCCUCACCACGCUAGGCUACAAAGUUCUGUCCGAUAUCAACGCAGUGUCCGUUGUCAUGCCCACAGCUCUGGUCGGAACCGUUCUUCUCACUCUCCGUGGACGAGGAGCUGGAAAAUCAGAACUCGUCCGCAGAGUUGACUGGCUGGCCGAAAGAGUAAAGAAGCAAGGCGGUCGUAUUGCUCAUUUCUCUGGUCUCCCAACAUCUGUCGUUGUCGAACGAGCUUUGGAAGUGCUUGGCCAAAAUCUGGUCGGCGAGUACAAGAACUUGCCCGAAAAGACGUACUACGCUGCGGAUCGUUUCCAACUCAGUUUCUACCGUAACAUGACUAUUCAUUUGUUCGUGUCGGAGGCACUUGUGAGUGCAGCAUUAUACACCAAGGUGAAGCUUGGUGGUGGCCCAGAGUACCAAAGCAUUUCAUACAAUGAUCUGUACGAUUACGUCUACUUCCUCUCACAGCUCUUCCGUGGCGAAUUCAUCUUCCCGACGACACCUUUGGCAGAGAAUCUGACCAACACGUUGACUGGACUUGAGGCAGAUAAUAUCAUUGCUGUUAACAGAUCCCACAACGACGGCAGCACGAUUGAGUCCAUCUCACUUGAUGAGUCAGAACGUCUCUCAGGUCGCGAGAAUUAUGACUUCUACUGUUUCCUUAUCUGGCCUUUCAUUGAAGCCAGUUGGUUAGGUGCUAUAAGUCUUCUGAUGCUUACACCUCCUCUCACAAACGCCGCACAGCAGACUUCGCUACCACUCAAUAGCGCUGUUACACAAGCACAAAGACUAGGCAAAACCUUGUAUGCCCAAGGUGAUAUAUCGUACCUCGAAGCAGUCAACCGCGAGACACUACGCAAUGCAUACACAAGGUUCGCCGAAAGCGGCAUCAUAUUUAUCACGUCGCCAUCUAAAGAUGGCAAGAUUCCUGCGGCUGUCUACCUCACAACAGAGUGGAUGCCUGAGAGAGCAGAGGAUGGACAAAUCAGAGCUGAAGGAAAGCUGUGGGAAUACUGCGAAAGCAUCAGCAAAGCGAGAAGAGAAGGAAAGAACAGACGAGAUGGAAACACUGUUGUUAGGAGAAUCUUCGGUCUGGUGGAUCUGGUCGGCACAGGCUUGUGGAAGGACGCUGAGCCAGCCAAGGCGGCUCUUCCUGUCAAAGGGGAUGCAGAGUGGAAAGCAAAGAGGAGAGAGAUCAAAACUGCACCUAAGCUAUAA